AUGACACGUGAGACUCCGCCGAGGGGUGGUCACAAUGGACGGGGCCCGCAGAGAAGCGCCUCACAAGGAAGUUCGGCCUCAGUUUCUCAUGGACCCUGUGGAUUUUGUGAAAAACCAAACCACACCGAGGAAAAUUGUUGGAUGAAAGAAAGAAAAUGCUUGCGCUGUGGGAGUGCGGAGCAUCAAAUAGCCAACUGUCCGGUGUUACCUUGGGAGGCGAGAGUAACCACCCAGUCGUCGAAGGCCAACUCGGGACAGUCCAAGGUGGAAGGGACAAAGCCGAAAGUGCCAGCUCGGGUAUACUCCCUUGAGCAACAUCAAGUCGCUGAUUCCUCUGGGGUUGUAGAAGCUGCUGAGGAGGGAAAAAAGAAACGUGACACUGUUUCUGCUCGAGAAUAUUAUUGCUACAAAUUGCAGAUUAGAGACAAUGAUAGGUCAAUGCUCUUGCACACAGGGAGACUCUUGCAGCAGUUCGCCGUUGAUAUUUAUGUUAAGAUAGAGACCUCUAGGCUUGAAUUCCAUAGGAAAAAACAAAAAGAAAUUAGAACUGAAAUUCUUAAAGGUGUAACAGAUAGCAUCUCUUCUGGUCAGACCGAAGAGUACGGUAAACCUGACAUAUUCAUUACCAUGACUUGUAAUAGGAUGUGGAAGGAAAUACAGGACAACCUCAAAUACGGAGAAGAAGCUCAGGAUAGACCUGAUUUAGUUUCAAGAGUGUUUAGAGCAAAGUUGGAAUUAUUAAAGGCUGAAAUCACAAAAAAGAAAAUAUUUGGUGAAGUUGCUGCUUGUGUGUAUGUGAUUGAGUUUCAAAAGAGAGGACUUCCUCAUGCUCAUAUGUUGAUCAUUUUGAAACCAGAAUAUAAGCCCCUCAAUCCUGAAGCUUAUGACAUGAUAGUUUCGGCUGAAAUACCUGAUCCUGCGAAGCAACCUCAUUUGCACUUUCUGGUUAUGAAACACAUGUUGCAUGGUCCAUGUGGUUCGUUAAAAAAAGAUAAUGUUUGUAUGAAAGAUGGAGUGUGCAAGAACCAUUAUCCAAAGAGCUUCACUGACUACACAACUUAUACAGAGGAUGGUUAUCCUCAUUAUAGGAGAAGGAUGGAUGGUCGCUGUGUAAGAGUAAGGGAUCAUUUGUUAGAUAACAGAUGGGUUGUUCCAUAUAAUCCAUACCUUCUAGCAUUGUUUGACUGCCACUUGAAUGUGGAAAUCUGUUCCACUGUUAAGUUAGUUAAGUAUCUGUACAAAUAUGUUUAUAAAGGACAUGAUCGUGUGAGCUUUUAUAUCCACUCUGACAAAACCUUUGAAGAUGUUGAUGAGAUUUCCGACUUCCAGUCUGGGCGAUGGGUCGCUGCUGCAGAAGCUUUUUGGCGCAUAUUUCGAAAAACUAAUCUUGCUGAUUUGGUUGCUGAUGUUGACUUCUCAAAGACAAUGCUGACUGAGUUCUUUUAUAUGAAUCAAACAAAUAAGUAUGCUCAGGAGCUCAAGCUGCUUUACAAACAAUUUCCUGAGUUUUUUGUAUGGAAGCCAGCCAAGAAGCGUUGGUCUCAAAGAAAACGGCGAAAAGUUGUUGGCCGAUUGGUGACUGUUAGCCCAGCAGAAGGAGAAAGAUAUUUCUUGAGGUUGCUUUUGUCUUGUGUCUGUGCACCUGCUUCAUUUGACCACUUGUUGACUGUAAAUGGCAUACGUAUGAAUUCCUACAGAGAAGCUGCUUUCCAAAUGGGAUUGUUACAAUCAGAUACGUAUAUCGAAGACACCCUUGAUGAGGCUGCUACUUUCCAGAUGCCUUCUUCGCUCAGAAGCUUAUUUGCUGUGAUGCUAGCUUUCUGCUCCCCAUCAAACCCCAAACACCUGUGGGAAAAGUAUGAAACUGAACUAUCAAGGGAUUAUCAAAAACAUAGUUCACUCACUGGAUAUUCUUCUGAAUACAUCAGAAUGUUGGUUCUUCAGGAGCUCAGCAAAUUUUUGGAACAAAUGGGUAAAAGUGUAAAUGAUUUUCACUUGGUUUCUGAUUAUCUUGGUGUUACAUUGGAUCAGCGGAUUACAAAGGAAAUUGAAGCUGAGAGAAGUGUUCAGUUCGCAGAGGAGGAUUUGCUAAUGUCUUCAAAAUUUAAUGCAGGUCAGAAAUGUGCCUAUGACUCUAUCAUGGCACAAGUUUUCUCGACCAAAGCCCAAAGUUUUUUCAUCGACGGCCCUGGUGGAACGGGGAAAACUUUUCUUUAUCGAUCACUCCUUGCUACACUGCGUUCUCAAGGCUAUAUAGCCAUUGCUGUAGCAUCGUCCGGUGUUGCUGCCUCCAUUCUUCCUGGUGGGAGGACUGCGCAUUCGCGCUUUAAGAUCCCUCUUGACAUAUCUAAAACUAAGGCUUGCCAAGUUAGUAAGCAAAGCUCUAUUGCUAAGUUGCUUAUAGAGGCCAAACUUAUAUUGUGGGAUGAAGCUUCAAUGGCUAAGAAGGAAACAAUCGAAGCAUUUGAUAUGCUUCUUAGAGAUAUAAUGGAAAGCGAUGAUCCUUUUGGUGGCAAGGUAGUGGUUUUCGGAGGUGAUUUCCGGCAGACCCUACCUGUGAUUCGAGAUGCAACUAGAGAUGUUUUGGUUCAGUCAAGUUUUGUUAACUCCCCUCUCUGGAGUGCUUUGCAGAAAAUUACUUUAACUGAAAAUAUGAGGGCUGUUAUGGAUCGUGCUUUCUCUGAAUUCUUGCUACGGAUAGGCGAGGGCCGUGAACCAGAAGACAAAGACGGCAAAAUAUCUUUAUGUAAGGAUAUGAUCAUCCCUUAUGAUGGAAAGGAAGCUUCUCUUAACAGGUUAAUAGAAUCUGUUUUUGGUGAUCUAAACAUCUAUGCUUCAGAUCCAUAUCAGAUGAUUAAUCGGUGUAUUCUAUCACCAACAAACAAUGCUGUUGAUGAUGUUAACCAGAUCAUUAUUGAUAGGUUUCCUAAAGAUCCGCAUGUUUAUAUAAGUUCUGAUAGAACUUUAAAUGAGAAAGAUCAAGGCGACUAUGAAGACUUUCUCAAUUCUUUAAGUCCAAAGGGUUACCCCCUCAUAAGCUGA